AUGUCAGGCAAAGAACUUUCGUCAGCAGAAAUUCUGAAGCUUUACCAGCUGAGGUGCGGAUACAACGAAAUGGCGGAUACAGCAACAGCUGAUGUCUCCGUGAGUUCCCGACGCCGCUCGUCUGGCGGCCUUCGUCGAAAUGCCUCUCACGACAUCACUGAUCAAAUAACAGACAAGAAACUUUUAGACUUAAAAAAGGUUGCUUCUGACGAAUCCUCGUUUACUGAGGAAGGUGCCACUUCAGAUGGAGAAAAAACUGAGUCCGCUGAUAGAGAAAGUGAGGAUGCGGCUACGAGCAGUGCUUCGAAAUAG